CACCAAUCCACCGACCGCCAAAACCCGCCAGUCCGUCCUCGGCACCACCACCUCCUUCAAAAUGGAUUCGUCGUCAAAAACUCCCGUCCUUGGCCGGACUGGUUCUCGUGGUGGUGUCACUCAAGUCCGCGUCGAGUUCAUGGACGACCCUAGCCGAACAAUCAUCCGGAACGUGAAGGGACCCGUCCGGGAGAAGGACAUCCUGGCUCUCCUGGAGAGUGAGCGUGAGGCUCGGCAUUCCCAUUCCGUGUAUGAUUCCGCAAAUGCUAUGCGCCUGAGGCUCUCACGACCCUUAAAACGUUGGACUGCCCCAUCCAGCAACUUUACGGUCCGAGAUUGAACGGAAGAUAGGGCGUUCUGGCCGCUCCCGAGUUGCCGAUCUCCAUGUUUCUGCGUCACUUCCUGUUGCCCGGUGAUUCCGCGUGAGCGUUAACUGGCCGCAUCCGACUGUUGUCUUCGAAACCUCGGAGCAGUAAGCCUCGUGUCUCGCGUUUUGGCUAGUGCGUGAGCCUGUCGCGCAUGCUGUUAUGCGAGCGUUUGCUUACGAUCGCACGACCGCUGUAUGGCCAUAUGGGCGGUCGGAGUUGACACAUCGCUGCUCGCUGCACCGCAGUCGCCAUGCAGACAAGUCUUGCAAUGUCCAAGGGCACCCCCUGAUUGACCUUGUCCUUAUGAGGAGAUGUCCGUGAUUGCUUGCGCGGAGUUGUCACCGCGGACCGAUU